AUGCAAGCAGUCGUGGUGGAUCACUGGCUCAAGGGACCUGAGGAGAUUAAGGUGAGCGUGGCUGCAGUGCCGGAGCCGGGCGACGGGGAAGUGCUGGUGGACGUGGCUUACGCUGGAGCCAACUUCUACGACAUUCUCAUGGUGCAGGGCAAAUAUCAGUUCCGUCCGACCUUCCCCUUCAUCCCGGGCACCGAGUUCAGUGGAGUCAUCGGCAAGCUGGGUUCCGGCGUGUCGGGAUGGAAGGUGGGCCAGGAGGUGUAUGGCAUGACCAUGCUGGGCGCCUACGCCGAGAAGGUGGUCGUGCCUGCCAACAAGAUCCGGCCCGUGCCCAAGGGAAUGUCCCUGGUCGAUGCUGCGGGCUUCUCGAUGACCUACCCGACCUCGUACUGUGCGUUGGUGUACCGAGCCAAUCUGCUUAAGGGCGAGACUCUCCUCGUCCACGCAGCCGCCGGUGGGGUUGGCGUUGCCGCCGUCCAGAUCGGAAAGGCCUUGGGUGCGCGCGUUAUCGGCACUGUGGGCAGCGCGGAGAAGGUCGAGGUGGCGAAGAAGGGCGGAUGCGAUGAGGUGAUCAACUACAAGGACGAGGACUUUGUGGAGAAGGUCAAGGAGCUCACCGACGGGCGAGGAGCUGACGUCAUCUAUGACCCUGUCGGCGGCGAAGUGUUCGACAAGUCGACGAAGGUCAUUGCCUGGGGCGGACGCCUUCUCGUGGUGGGAUUCGCUGGCGGCAAGAUCCCUUCUGUACAGACCAACCGCGUGCUCCUCAAAAACUGCUCCAUCGUUGGUGUGUUCUGGGGCUCCUAUGAGAUCCACCAGCCGCACAAGAUCGAGGAGACCUUCCAAGCCCUGACCGAGAUGUACGCCAAGGGCCACCUGAAGCCAGUCACCUGCGCCGUCUACCCCCUGGUGGAGCUGCCCCAGGCGCUGAAACACAUUGGCUCCAGGCAGAGCUAUGGCAAGGUCAUCGUGCAAACGAGCAGCAACCGCGGCACCACGGCCAAGCUCUAG